AUGAGUCUUCCCGUCCUCACGAUCUGCGCCGCCCUCGGUCAACAAGGUGCCGGAGUAGGUUCUGCUUUCAUGUCACAAGAGACAACUCAGUACCAUAUUCGAGCCCUUACGUCCAACACUGAAAGCCCUGCAGCGAAAAGAUUAGCAACCAAGCCAAAUAUCAGCGUCGUUGGUGUUGAUCUAAACUCUAUCGAUACCAUUAUAUCAGCCUUCGAGGGCUCAUCUCUUAUAUUUGCAAAUACGGCUUUUCAACCUGCUGUGUUUGCUAGAUCGGGUGCAGCGGCUUGUCAAGAGCUUGAGGCACGUCAGGGGCUGAACAUUGCUCAGGCAGCCUCACAGACGCCGUCUUUGAAACACCUGAUUUGGUCUACUUUGCCGGAUGCUCUUAAGGAGAGUGCGGGUAAACAUGAUAUUCCGCACUUUCAGUCAAAGAUCCCAGCAGAGCAGUACAUAAUGAACCCCAAAAACGGACUUAGCAACAAGACUACCUUUCUUCGCGUAGGUCUGUAUGGAUCUGUCAUCGAGAAGCCACCUUAUACCCCUUUCUACUCGGAUGGGGCUAAUAUCCGUCUGCUUGUGCUUCCAAUUUCUGCCGACAGUUUAAUUCCCUUCGCUGGCGAUGCACCAUUCAAUGUCGGGCAGUUCGUCAAGGCCAUCUUUGCCCAGCCUGAAAAGACAAUAGGGCGUUAUGUAAAUGCAACAGCCGAGCUUACAUCUAUCCAAGAAUACGCAAAGACGUUGGAGACCGCUUUGAAGAGUCAAGGGAAGGAAAUAAAAGUGAAUUUCCUGGAAUGUUCCCUCAGCGACUUUGAACAACUCUGGGGUGCAUUAGGCACAGAGAUUGGCUUGAUGUUCAAAUACUUUAACGACCACGGCGAUGGCAACUACGAAACGGAUCCUCAUACCUAUCAAUACAUGACAGCAAAGGAUUUAGGUAUCGAAGGCGUCUUGCGAAAAAAUGAGGAUACCCUAGCUCAAAUUGAGUGGUAA